CAUGCGCUGGGAAUAAAGAUACCCCCGGGGGCAGAGGGAAGUUGCCUGGAACCUGCAGUAUUGGAGGGCAGCUCCGGAGCCGAUGGAGAUUUAAUAGCCGGAUGCUGAAGCCGGGGAGAGAUUAUGGUAAAACACCAACCGCUCCAGUACUACGAGCCGCAGUUAUGUCUGUCGUGUCUAACCGGGAUUUACGGCUGCCGGUGGAAACGGUACCAGCGAUCACAUGAUGACACCACGAAGUGGGAGCUCCUGUGGUUUGCGAUCCUCGCCGUCGCCUUCUUUCUCACCCUGACCUGGUUUUAUUUCUGGUGGGAGGUCGAAAACGACUACAAUGAAUUUAACCGGUUUUUGUAUAGCAGAACCGGGCACUGGGACGACUGGUCCAUUCCGAUACUCAUCGCCGCUGCGUGUGGAUUCACAUACAUCACAGUGUUGCUGAUGCUGGCGCUGUGCCACGUAGCUGUCGGACAGCAGCUGAAUUUACACUGGGCCCACAAGGCUUUUCUCGUGGUUAUAUUGGUGGCCGUUGUAGUAGCCAUGGCUUCCGUAGAGCAGAUGUGGGAAGAAGAAUGGGGCGUCCUUCUGGUCUCCUUCCAGGCCACCGCUCCAUUCCUUCACAUAGGGGCCCUGGUGGCCGUAACGAUGCUGGCCUGGAUUGUAGCCGGACAGUUUGCCAGAUCGGAAAAAGUCAUCUUUCAGGUUUGUGUAAUGAUGGCGUACCUCGCGGUGAUCAUCGCCCUUUACCUGGUCCCGCUCACUAUCUCCUCGCCCUGCAUCAUGGACAAGAAGGACUUGGGACCUAAACCGAGAAUCAUUGGCCACACAGGAGCACCAAUGCUGGCUCCGGAAAAUACCUUGAUGUCCUUCAGAAGAGCUCUGGACUACGACCCCUACGGGCUGGAGGCCGACGUCCGGAUAAGCUACGACGGGAUCCCGUUUCUGAUGCACGAUAACUCUCUGAGACGGACCACCAACGUAGAGGAGGUCUUCCCCCCGCUCGCCUCCCAACACCCCUCCAUGGUCAACUGGACCGACCUCGAGGCUUUAAACGCCGGAGAGUGGUUCUUAAAGGCCGACCCUUUCUGGACGGUGAGCUCCCUUUCCCCGUUAGAGAAGUUCGAGGCCGGGAAUCAAUCGAUUUGUAAGCUGAGCGACCUCUUAAAGCUGGCGAAAGAAAGCAACGUAACCGUCUUCCUGAAAAUCCCCCCGCUUCCUCCCGAUCACCCGCGCUCCGCCAGCCACAUCAACAUCACGGUGAACACCAUCCUGACGUCGGGGGUCCCGCAAGAAAACGUUAUCUGGUUUUCUGAUAGUGAUAGAUCCAUGGUACAAAAAAUGGCGCCAGGUUUCCACCAGGCCUCCAACAUCAAGAAAUCCUCCAGCCAUCUAAGAGCCAAGGGCAUCUCGGUACUGAAUCUGCGAUACACCGAGGUCAGCGAUGAGGACAUCAGGGAAUACAGCUCAGAGAACAUAACCCUCAAUGUGCACACUGUCAACAAGCCCUGGCUGUACUCAGUGCUGUGGUGCUCCGGCGUCCGGUCCGUCUCGUCGGAUGCCCCGCACAUCCUCCGCAAGGUGCCUUUCCCCAUCUGGUUAUUGCCUCCCGAUGAAUAUUCGCUGAUCUGGAUUACGUCGGAUCUCAUUUCUUUCACCGUCGUUUUAGGAAUUUUUAUAUUACAGAACUAUCACAUGAUCAGGUGGCGCCUGGGCAGCAUCCGAACGUACAAUCCAGAACAAAUAAUGCUGAGCGCCGCCGUCCGCCGAACGAGCAAAGAUGUCCGGAUCAUGAAGGAAAAGCUUAUAUUCUCGGAAAUAAACAGCAGCAUGGACACGGCCGAGGAGCUCUCCCUGUGCUCCGAGAACCGCUAUGACGGCUUCGCCAACGACGGCGUAUCGCCCUCCGCGGACGCUAGAAUCCACGCAAACUAAGAAGCCCGGCAAAGAUUCUUUCUAUAAUGCGAUCGGGACGUUUUGGUCGGCAGUUUCAAUGACUCGGACAUUCUCCGGGACGACUGAACUCGUCGGGCCCAGGUCCACUAAGCAGCGAAAAAGCCGGAGACGUUUCUCUACGGAGGGCAUCUGGGACCAUGUGGCGCUCUGAGGGUUAAUGCCCGGAUUUCUCUGUUUUAUAUAUAAUGUUUUUGCUGUAUAACCCAGACUGUGAGAUUUGUAUAUAUGUAGAAAAAAAUCUGAUUCCCCCCCCCUUUUUGUGCGUUUUCCGUGAAUAACACAAGCGAGUCCUUGUGUAAAUUUCCAUUGAGACCGAGGACGGCGCCGUUCCUCGUUAUGCUUUGUGAUGUCAUCGACGCGUCGUGAAGCCAACCGGCCCCAA